GUAUUACGUGGCCCCCAUGCCUAUGAGAUUGCAGACAGCGGGGGCCUUCUGGUGGCUGUGCCGAUGGACACAGAUUACCCUAAAGUGGUCAAAUUCUCCACAGAUGAGGGCAGCUGUUGGCACACGUACAAGUUCACCAGUGAUGAUAUCAAAUUUACUGGACUGCUGACGGAACCUGGUGGAAAGUCAAUGACAUUCGGACUGUGGGGUUACCACAAGGAAACUAAAAAGUGGACAGUCAGCGUCAUCGACUUCAGCAAGGUGGUGACCAGGGAAUGCAAAGAAGAAGAUUACAUGACCUGGGCUCCUCACACAAGCUUGAGCAGGAAACCAGGAUUUGAGGGCUGCCUGCUUGGCACCAAGUACACAUUUAAGAAGGUCAAAUCUGACUCUUGGUGCCACAGCAACAAUUACACAGACAUGGAGGUCUCAACAGAAAUCUGCAAUUGCACAGAGGAGGAUUAUGAGUGCGACUAUGGAUUCCAUCGGCCAGAUAAUUCCAUGAAGUGUGUGCGGCAGCCGGACAUUAGACCCGAUCAGCUUGACCUAUGCAAAGGAGGUCAUUUGGAGAACUUGAAGACUGUUGGGUAUCGUCUGAUCCCUGGCGAUGUGUGCAGGCAGGACACUGGCUUUCAUCCGGUCAGUGAAAUCACAGAACUGGAGGUCAUUUGCAGCGCCGGAGAUCAGCAGGUCAAACACCAUAACUUAAACUCUGGGUCCAGUAAAGUGGUGGUUAUUAUGGUCAUAGCUACCAUCGUGGUGCUGGUGUCGGCCGUGGGUGCUUUCUUUCUCCACAAGAUGAUAGUGCUGAGACGACACCGUGUGGUUUACCGUUACUCCAUGCUGUCUCAAGCAGACGACAGAGACAGUGAGUUCGAGAAUGCACUGACAACCCAUGACACGCUGUAUACUGAAUUAUCAGAUGAUGAGAACAGGACUCCUAAACGUAAUGGUGCCGUCCCUACAAGCAACACUCGAACACAUGUGAGCUCCUACCACGACGAUUCUGAUGAGGACUUGCUUGAGUAA